AGUAGAGGUUGUUGUGGCUCGGCCAGCUGCGCGAGAGGUUUGUCGCUGCUGAGGCGGCGGCCGCGGCUUUGAGGCGGUGGCGGCGCUGCCGCCCGCGGGCCGCUCGGCCUCUGGGAUCGGCCCGCAGUCUUCCCUGAUCCCGCCGGGGCCCACGCCGACCAGCGCCUGCCCUAUGAGUGUGUCACUGGUGGUCAUCCGACUGGAGCUCGCGGGUCACUCGCCGGUCCCCGCCGACUUCGGCUUCAGCGCCGCCGCUGGGGAGAUGUCCGAUGAGGAGAUCAAAAAGAAGACACUGGCUUCAGCUGCUGCCUGUCUAGAAGGGAAGUCACCCGGGGAGAAGGCCUCGAUCAUCCACCAGCACCUUGGCCGUCGGGAAAUGACCGAUGUGAUUAUUGAGACCAUGAAAGCCAACCCAGAUGAGUUGAAAGACACGAUGGAAGAAAAUAAGUCUUCAGCAGCUUCCCUGUCUGCACAGAAAGGCAGGAAGCAAAGUGAGUCGGUGAACACAGCCCCAGAUUCCCCGUCCAAGCAGCUCCCAGAGCAGAUUUCCUUCUUCAGCGGCAACCCUUCUGUUGAGAUCGUGCACGGCAUCAUGCAUCUUUAUAAGACGAAUAAGAUGACCUCGUUAAAGGAAGAUGUGCCUCGCAGCGCCAUGCUGUGUGUCCUUACUGUUCCUGCCACCAUGACGAGUCACGACCUUAUGAAGUUUGUUGCCCCGUUCAAUGAUGUGAUUGAACAAAUGAAGAUCAUCAGAGACUCUACUCCAAACCAGUACAUGGUGCUGAUCAAGUUCAGUGCACAGGCUGACGCAGAUAGCUUCUACAUGGCAUGCAACGGCCGCCAGUUCAACUCCAUCGAAGAUGACGUUUGCCAGCUGGUCUAUGUGGAAAGGGCUGAAGUGUUGAAAUCUGAAGAUGGCGCCAGCCUCCCUGUGAUGGACCUGACGGAGCUCCCUAAGUGCACUGUCUGUCUGGAGCGAAUGGACGAGUCUGUGAAUGGCAUCCUCACCACCCUAUGCAACCACAGCUUCCACAGCCAGUGUCUGCAGCGGUGGGAUGACACCACGUGUCCUGUUUGCCGAUACUGUCAAACACCAGAGCCAGUGGAAGAAAAUAAGUGCUUUGAGUGUGGUGUCCAGGAAAACCUCUGGAUUUGUUUAAUAUGUGGUCAUAUAGGAUGUGGACGGUAUGUAAGUCGACAUGCUUACAAGCACUUUGAGGAAACUCAGCACACAUACGCUAUGCAGCUUACCAACCAUCGGGUCUGGGACUAUGCUGGAGAUAAUUAUGUCCAUCGACUGGUUGCAAGCAAGACGGAUGGGAAGAUCGUCCAGUAUGAGUGUGAGGGCGACACCUGCCAGGAAGAGAAGAUAGAUGCCUUACAGUUAGAGUAUUCAUACUUACUAACAAGCCAGCUGGAAUCGCAGCGGAUAUACUGGGAAAACAAGAUUGUUCGCAUAGAGAAGGACACAGCAGAGGAGAUUAACAACAUGAAGACCAAGUUUAAAGAGACCAUCGAGAAGUGUGACAGCUUGGAGCUCAGGCUCAGUGACCUCCUGAAGGAGAAGCAGUCUGUGGAAAGAAAGUGCUCUCAGCUGAACACCAGAGUGGCCAAACUCAGCACGGAGCUGCAGGAAGAGCAGGAGCUGAACAAGUGUCUCCGCGCCAACCAGCUGCUGCUGCAGAACAAGCUGAAGGAGGAGGAGAGGCUGCUGAAGGAGACCUGUGACCAGAAGGACCUUCAGAUCACUGAGAUCCAGGAGCAGCUGCGCGAUGUCAUGUUUUACCUGGAGACACAGCAGCAGAUCAGCCACCUGCCCGCAGAGACUCGACAAGAGAUCCAAGAAGGGCAGAUUAACAUCCCCUCGGCCCCCAAUCCCCCCUCUUCAGGGGCUGGUGGGAAGCUGCCAUCCAGGAAGGGCCGUAGCAAGAGGGGCAAGUGACCUUGAGAGACUUGUCCCUGAGACUUCCUGGGCACUGCAGUGUGUGCUGGGACCUUUGCUGAGCGGGAGGGUGGGCCCUAAUAAGUAUGCCUGAGGAUGAACUGCGGUCGUGUGGCUCCUUCAUUUGGGUGAUGUGAGGAGACUGAGAGAGGAUGGCAUUGGCAGUGCUUCCCCGGGUGGUGAGUCUGAGACCUCAAACACCUCAUGGCCAUUCUGCCCUCCAGCUGGGUGAACCCAGUCUUGUGUUUCCGGGUAUUUAUUCAGUUGGAGCACUUAGUUGAAUUCUGGGGUAGGUUUAUGACAUGAUGUGACCUCAGAGGCAGCAUUACCUAGCACUAAAGCACAGCACCUCUCAGGGGCCCCAGCUGCCUUCAGGAGAGGGGCCUGCUGUCCACUGCCGAGCAAUCACCUCUUCCGCCAUCCCUCCCUUCCCAUGUGGAAUUGUAGAGCUGCUUGAAUGCCGCAGAAAAGAGGCCAGGUUGUAAAGCAGGCGCAGACUUGGCUUGACGGCCGGAAAAACAAGGAAUUGGGGCAGAUGGAGUAGACCCAGUAACCCAGACGAUGGUUACAGCUCUUAGUUUUGAGGUAACUGAGAAUAUCCUCCAUCUAGCAGGAGUCAGCAAGGGGCAAGCCUGGAGAGAAGCCCUGACGAGCUGUGUGUGUUGCUGGGGUCAGUGGUUUUACACAGGCACAUCGCAUGUUCAGGUCACAGCUAGAGGGAGCAUGGGCAGACUUUCAGUUUCGCUUUUAGGAUUUAAGUUAAGGCUGCUUCUCACUCCAGAACUUGGCUGCAGCAGAGCCCUUUUCAAACAGCCAUAUGAUAUUUACUGUGACCAACAGAGGGGUUGUGUGCCUCUCUCUAGAGCCAGGAACAUCAGAUAACUAGUAGAAUAGUAAUUGAACAGAAUUGAGGGGACACCAUGUUGGGAUUGUUUGGCUUCUAGAAGAACCUGGGCAGUUAGGGUAGCAGUGUGUAGUGCAUUUUAAUUUUCUGCUUUAUCAUCAGCCAAAGGUUUGAAAUGUCACCCCUUGGGACUUUUUUCUUUUUCUGAUUGGACCUCAUCCUUUGACCUGGAUGUGUGAUGUGUUGUCACAAGAUUGCUUGUGUUGCUGAUCACUGCAGUUCUGUGGAAUGUGCUCUGGCAUUUCCCAAAACCUCACCUGUAACUGCCGAACCAGUGUACUCAGACCCGCAUGGUUCUUCCUGAAGGUAGACCAGCACUCCAGAUCCGCAGCCUGGGCCACACGGGCGCCUGCAGUCGGGGCAGGAGCAGACCGCCUCUCACAGAGCUCCUGCUUUAUCCACAACGCAUUUUACACUUACAGUCCUGGCCUCAGCCCCACUUGUCUUGUACAUCUGGCCUUGCAGCAGCUGGGGGGGUAGCAUGCUAAUUAAGAGAAUCGGAAGAAGUGUCCAAAGCUGGCUCCUCAUUUCAUUACAAUCCACUAAGCAGCCCUGCCACACUUCAUAGCACAGGUCCCGGAAGGCUGUGGCCAGAGGAAGCAGCAGAUGGGCAGAGGUUUCCAAACUACUUGAAAGUCUUAAAAAAAUGUUCCAGGAAAGCAAAAAUCAAGAUUUGUAAAUAAAAUGUUAUUUUAAAAGGUCAAA